AUGCGGGCCGGUUCCGCCGCCGCCUCCGCCUCCGCCUCCGCCUCCGCCGCCUGCGCCGCUCCUGCCACCGGGGUUUGUAUGAAAACACCCGGCGGCGGGCGGCGAGAGCUCCGCGGCGCGCCCGGAGAGCAGCCGUCGGCGGGUGCUGCGGGCACGGAGUUGGUUGCCGGGUCUCUCCUGGUGGCCCAGCGCAGUCCCCGCUAGCGCCCUGUCUGCAGCCGCCUUACUAAUAAUUCUAGGAUUGUGGGACUCCUGGCUCAGCUAGAGAAGAUCAAUACUGAAGCAACAGAAUCGGAUACUGCUAGAUAUGUUACAUCAAAAAUUCUUCAUUUGACUCAAAGUCAAGAAAAAACAAGGAAAGAAAUGACAGCAAAAGGUUCUACAGGAAUGGAAGUCCUGCUGUCAACAUUAGAGAACACAAAAGAUCUUCAGACUAUGCUUAAUAUCUUGUGCAUUCUUCUUGAACUGGUGUCAGCUGGUGGAGGUCGGAGAGCAAGUUUCUUAGUUGCCAGAGGUGGUUCACAAAUAUUGUUACAAUUACUUGUGAAUGCCAGCAAAGAAUCUCCCCCACAUGAAGAGUUAAUGAUACAUGUUCAUUCUGUUCUUGCAAAGAUUGGACCAAAAGAUAAAAAAUUUGGAGUGAAAGCUAGAAUUACUGGGGCCCUGAAUAUAACGCUGAGUUUAGUUAAACAGCAUUUGCCUAACUUCCGCUUGGUUCUUCCAUGUCUUCAGCUUCUACGAGUAUAUUCUGCCAACUCUGUGAAUUCAGUAUCUUUAGGGAAAAGUGGAGUUGUGGAAUUGUUAUUUAAAAUCAUCGGACCAUUUAGUAAGAAGAAUUCAGGUCUUAUGAAGGUUGCUUUAGACACUCUUGCCGCCUUGCUAAAAUCAAAAACAAAUGCCAGAAGAGCUGUAGAGAGAGGAUAUGUCCAAGUGCUUUUAACAAUCUAUGUAGAUUGGCAUCGCCAUGAUAAUCGGCAUAGAAACAUGCUUGUUCGGAAAGGGAUUUUACAGAGUUUAAAAAGUAUUACGAACAUCAAGUUGGGAAGGAAAGCAUUUAUUGAUGCCAAUGGAAUGAAAAUUCUGUAUAAUACUUCACAAGAAUGUUUGGCAGUUAGGACUCUUGAUCCUCUUGUCAAUACCUCCAGUCUGAUAAUGAGGAAAUGCUUCCCCAAAAAUCGACUGCCACUCCCGACGAUUAAAAGUUCUUUCAAUUUCCAGUUGCCUGUUGUUCCUGUGACUGGACCUGUGGCCCAGCUCUACAACUUACCUCCUGAAGGUAGGACCACAGGUUUACUUCUUACCUUUCAUUGCUUCUUGGGAAUUUUUGAUUCUGUUGACAAUGAUGAUAUUGAAACAGAUAUUAACAAAUUAAAACCCCAGCAAGUACCAGGACGAACAAUAGAAGAACUAAAAAUGUAUGACCAUCUUUUCCCUGAACUUAUUGAUGAUUUUCAGGACUAUGAUUUAAUCUCCAAAGAACCAAAGCCUCUUGUAUUUGAGGGAAAAGUAUGUGGUCCCAUUGUUGUUCCUACAGCUGGUGAAGAAGCAUCUGGGAAUCCAAAGAAAAAAGGGGCUGUAAUGAAGGAGAAAGUAUCUUCUAAAGGAGAGGAAGGUGAUAAGAAAUCUGCUCUCAUGGAUGUCACAAAGGAAAAUGCUAAAGAUAAUGACAGAACGUUAUUACAGCAACUCCGAGAUCCAAACAGAACUACUUCUUCCCACAGCUUAAACAAUGAUAUUGUGAAGGCCUUGGACCGAAUCACAUUGCAGAAUAUUCCUUCUCAAACAGCCCUGUGCUCGACUGCCAUAGUGAAGAAGGAUUAUAGUCUUCCUCUUAGUGUCCUGACAUGCACAAAAGCAUGCCCACAUGUAGUUAAUUGUGGAAAUGCUCUUUUUGAGGGACGAACAGUACACCUAGGGAAACUCUGCUGUACUGGGGUUGAAACUGAAGAUGAUGAAGAUACUGAAUCUAGUUCAUCAGUAGAACAGCCAUCAGUUGAAGUUCCUGAUGUACCAACACUCCAUGACCCUGACCUGUAUAUUGAGAUUGUGAAAGAUACAAAAUCUGUCCCAGAAUAUACAGAGGUGGCUUAUCCUGAUUAUUUUGGUCACACUCCACCCCCAUUCAAAGAGCCUAUUUUAGAGAGACCUUAUGGUGUACAACGGACAAAAAUUGCCCAGGAUAUUGAAAGACUAAUACAUCAGAGCGAUAUUAUAGAUCAAGUGGUAUAUGACUUAGAUAACCCAAAUUACAUCAUUCCAGAAGAAGGAGAUAUUUUGAAGUUUAACUCAAAAUUUGAAUCAGGAAAUCUGCGCAAAGUAAUUCAAAUUAGAAAAAAUGAAUAUGAUCUUAUUCUGAACUCGGAUAUAAACAGCAAUCAUUAUCAUCAGUGGUUUUACUUUGAAGUCAGUGGAAUGCGUCCAGGUGUUGCAUAUAGAUUUAACAUUAUUAACUGUGAAAAGUCCAACAGUCAGUUUAAUUAUGGAAUGCAGCCACUGAUGUAUUCGGUUCGGGAAGCACUAAAUGCCAGACCCUGGUGGAUGCGUGUAGGAAGUGAUAUCUGUUACUACAAAAAUCACUUCUCAAGAAGUUCAGUUGCUGCAGGUGGGCAAAAGGGAAAGUCCUACUAUACGAUGACAUUCACUGUCACUUUUCCACAUAAAGAUGAUGUCUGCUACUUUGCUUAUCACUAUCCAUAUACAUACUCAACUUUACAGAUGCAUCUUCAAAAAUUGGAAUCAGCUCACAAUCCUCAGCAAAUCUAUUUUCGAAGAGAUGUGUUAUGUGAAACCCUGUCUGGAAACAGCUGUCCAUUGCUGACUAUAACAGCAAUGCCAGAGUCUAAUUGUUAUGAACAUAUCUGUCAAUUCAAAGUUGUGCUCAAGUCUUUCCAUUGUAACUGGGAUAAUGGUGUGAUCUACCACACAGCAGCUUCUUCUACUGAGAAUGGAGUCUUGACAUUGCCUAAGAUAUUGAGCCACAUUGCCCCAGCAUUUUGCAUGAGCAGCUGUAGCUUUGUAGUGGAAAAAUCUAAAGAAUCUACAGCACGUGUUGUAGUUUGGCGGGAAAUAGGAGUGCAGAGAAGCUAUACCAUGGAGAGUACUUUGUGUGGCUGUGAUCAUGGAAAAUACAAGGGUUUACAGAUUGGUACUCGAGAAUUAGAAGAGAUGGGAGCAAAAUUUUGUGUUGGUCUAAUGCGUUUGAAAAGACUGACCUCUCCAUUGGAAUACAAUCAGCCUUCCAGCCUGCUUGACUUUGAAAAUGACUUAAUUGAAUCAAGCUGUAAAGUAACCAGCCCUACCACUUACGUUUUGGAUGAAGAUGAACCUCGAUUCCUUGAAGAAGUUGAUUACAGUGCAGAAAGUAAUGAUGAGUUAGAUAUUGAAUUGGCUGAAAAUGCGGGAGAUUAUGAACCUUCUGCUCAAGAAGAAAUACUUUCUGACUCUGAAUUACCCAGAACAUACCUACAUUGAACCCUCUGUCAUUUCCUGUUUACUGCAAAGCAGAUACAAAAUAUCUUGUUUUUUAUUAUACAGGAAAUUUGAGAGAAAAGAGUUUUAGAGAACUGACUCAAAAAAGACCAAAAGUAACUUGGGCUUUUUGGUUGCAAGACAAUAAAUGUUAUUAAUUCAUGAUGAAAUUGGCACUUGUUUUAUUUUAGAUAUUCAGUUUAUAUAGCAUUAAAUUAUCAAAUAAUGGAUUUACUUAAAAAAAAAACAACAAACCAUACUCGAAUAUCAUUGCAUGAGUUUUUAUCUCCUUAUAGUACCUGAGUCAAAUGGGUAAUUUUGAAGCUGUCCAAAUAUAAAAUUUAAGUUUUAGAAUUGUUGAUUAUCUGGAAUUGCUGAAUUCUAAUAUUUAUGUAUAUGGGUUCCUGUAGAUGUGUUUGUGUUGAGGUGAGUAGAUAAGACUGUUCCUCUGAAUCGUGUUUACUGUUGGAUUGUAACUAGCGUAAUCUAGAAUUUACUUUGAAAACAUUACAUUUUACAUUUACUAAAUUAAAUAAAAACAAUAUCAAAUAUUGCAUUUACUUCGUCAUCCUUUUAACCAUUCUAGAUUAUGUAAUGUAUAGAACUUUUUAUACAUUUGAGAAAGAUCCAAUACUUGAACACAUUGAU